AUGGGGACGAAGAAUAUUGACAUCGCUUCGCUGCAGAAUACCGGCCAAAAAAUCACCGUCUAUGAGGAAGAUCGUGCCACUCCAACUUCAUCCAUAGAGCUUUUGACCGAUGAAGGACAUGUGAAGGACGAGUUGGAAGAGCUAUUAGACGAGGAUUUUCUGACGGAAAAAGCCGCUCCACUGGAAAUCAGUAAGGAUAGCGAGCCGACAGAAAUAACGCAGGCGCCGGAAAAUAAUAAAGAGGAAACAACUUCUAGCACAACACCACAGGUCAUUACCGUACCCUCAUCGCCCGUUGCCGAGGACCCCAACAAAAUCUCGGAUACGGAAAUCAUGAAAGAUCUACUUACAAAUGGAUAUGAUUGGAGAGUCCGUCCCCCAGGCACCAAUUCUAGUAUUCUUGGGGGUGGUGCUGUCAUUGUUUGGGUUAAUAUGUUGAUUCGAAGUAUUUCCAAAAUCGACAAUGUCAAUAUGGAAUACAGUGCCCAAAUGACGUUCCGUGAGAGCUGGGUGGACAAACGACUAGCGUACGGCGAGAAAAGCAUGGGCGAGACGGUACCGGAUUUUGUGAUUUUGGCGGCUGGACAACAGAUUUGGAUGCCGGAUUCGUUUUUUCAGAACGAAAAACAAGCCCAUCGCCAUAUGAUCGAUAAGCCAAACGUCUUGAUCAGGGUCCAUAAAGACGGAUCAAUUUUGUAUUCAGUUCGAAUUUCGCUUGUCCUCUCCUGCCCGAUGCAUUUGCAGAACUACCCAAUGGACGUACAACAUUGUUUGAUAGAUUUAGCCAGCUACGCGUAUACUACAAACGACAUCGAAUACAAAUGGAAAGACCAGGAACCCGUGCAAUUGAAAGCCGGCUUAAAUUCGUCGCUUCCUAGCUUCGAGCUGAGCGACGUACAAACAACGUACUGUACCAGCAAGACAAAUACCGGCACCUAUUCUUGUCUGCGUACUGUAUUAACGCUAAAACGCCAGUUCAGUUACUACCUCCUACAACUCUAUAUUCCAUCAACUAUGUUGGUCAUCGUCUCCUGGGUGUCAUUCUGGCUCGAUAGAUCGGCAGUUCCGGCCCGUGUAACCCUUGGAGUUACCACCUUGCUAACAAUGACUACGCAAAGCUCCGGUAUCAACAGUAAACUACCACCCGUCGCCUAUAUAAAGGCAAUCGAUGUCUGGAUCGGUGCCUGUAUGACGUUCAUCUUCGGCGCCCUGGUCGAGUUUGCCAUCGUCACAUAUUUCGGGACGAGGCUCGAUCAGAAAAAGAAGUCCCGAGCUGAACUCACCACAAAACAGCCAUUGCAUACGCCUGCCCCGGCACCUGUGUGGGUACCGCGACAUGCUGGUGAUAUGAAAAAUGACCAGCUUGGCGACAUGCAAACAAAUUUGCUAGCAAAUAAUCGAAAAGAACCUGCGUUAAAAAGAAACCCAUUUAUACGAAUGUGGCGAAGAAGUUUUGGCGAUCAAGAUUUACCGAAAAAGCUGGACCUUGGCUCAAGACUAUUAUUCCCAAUACUAUUCAUCAGCUUCAACAUACUGUACUGGACAAUGUUUGGGAACCCCGAUACGAAAUCACCAUAUGUU